CCAGGCCCAUUAAAUCUCAUAAGCCCAAUUGCCUCCUUAGUGAUGUCGUAGCAGCAAUUAGAACAAACAAAGGCCAAAUUUUAGUUGCUUUUUUGUUCUCUCGCAUUCUUGAGAAACCCUAAAACCUUCAAAAAGCUUCAAUGGCGACCGUACCAGUUAAUCCAAAGCCUUUUCUGAACAAUUUGACUGGAAAGCCUGUGAUGGUAAAGCUAAAGUGGGGAAUGGAGUACAAAGGGUAUCUGGUCUCUGUGGAUUCAUACAUGAACUUGCAGCUUGCAAAUGCAGAAGAAUACAUUGAUGGAGUAAGCUCCGGCUCUCUCGGAGAGAUCCUGAUUAGAUGUAAUAAUGUCCUGUAUCUCCGUGGUGUACCUGAGGAUGAAGAACUAGAAGAUGCUGACCGCGACUAGAAACUGUGUUGUAUUAUUAGCGUCAUGGUUCUGCCAUUGCAAUCAAAUUUAUGGUACAUGGAUCAUGAUUGGAAUGACAUAGUCGUCUCCUUGAAUGUAGUAUCGAUUAUGUGUUGCUGCUAUUGAAUAUAUAUUCUGAUGGAUAAUUGGGGAUGUUAUGGGUUACCUACCUUAAUGAUUUACCGGAGCAAAAUGGACUAGCUAUGACUAGAAAGCUA